UAGUUACAUGUCCCUUCCCACACUGUGUCAGUCUCUCGUUGGGUCCAGACACCUUCACUGAUCAUUUUCUUUAGAAGUAAGUCAGAACAGAGACAUCAAUAUAACUAAAGGACAUUUCAGAAGCAGGUUCCGCCUUUUGGACUUUAGGGUCUUUUCUUCGACUGAAUAUUUUUGGCCUGCUGCUGUGGAGCACCAGUCCUCUCUGUUGCUGAUCCUCUUGUCUCCCAGUUCCACUGCGACAGCUCCUGGCGGGAGGAAGAGACUGCUGACCCGCCAUGUUCCUCGCACUUGUGGUGACGCCAGAGUUGAGGAACUUCCUGGCCAGGGCGAGAGGUGGAGGGGUGCGCCUCAUCAAGGUGCGCAUCCAAGAUGAACAGCUGGUGCUGGGCGCCUACAGAGAGCCAGAAAGGAGCUGGGAUGAGGACUAUGAUCACUUCCUGCUUCCUCUCCUCGACGACCUGGAGCCAUGCUAUAUCCUGUACCGUCUCGACUCCCAGAAUGCACAGGGCUACGAGUGGAUCUUCAUUUCUUGGUCUCCAGACCAGUCUCCAGUGAAACAAAAGAUGUUGUAUGCAGCAACUCGUGCCACAGUGAAGAAAGAGUUUGGCGGUGGCCAUGUGAAGUAUGAGAUGUUUGGCACAGCUGAGGAGGACAUCUGCUUGCUGGGCUACCAGCGUCAUGUGUCAUCCUGCUCUGGUCCUGCCCCGCUCACAUUAGCUGAACAGGAGCUCCAAAGGAUCAAAAUCACAGAGGCCUUGAUAAAAAAAAAUGUGUGUGUUGCUUGCUGCCCCCUGCAGGUGAAAACAGAGAACAGCGUAGAUAGUAAACACCAGACGCUUCAAGGCCUCGCCUUCCCUCUGCAGGAGUCGGCCAAAAGAGCUUUUCAGCAACUUGCCCAAAAACGUAUUAACUACAUACAACUGAGGUUGGAUGUAGAGAAGGAGACAAUUGAUCUUGUCCACUCCAACCCGACAGAAACUCGGGAAUUGGCUCGCAGAGUUCCCAAAGACACUCCCAGAUACCACUUCUUCCUAUACAAACACUCCCAUGAAGGAGACUACCUGGAAUCUGUCGUGUUUAUUUACUCCAUGCCAGGAUACAGUUGUAGCAUUAAGGAGCGGAUGUUGUAUUCCAGCUGCAAGAGCCGAUUAUUGGAGGAUGUGGAGAAAGAUUAUCACUUGGAAAUUUCUAAAAAGCUGGAGAUUGAUGAUGGAGAUGAACUGACAGAAGAUUUUUUGUAUGAAGAGGUCCACCCCAAGCAGCAUGCCCACAAACAGGCCUUUGCCAAGCCCCGCGGCCCCGCAGGGAAGAGGGGACACAAGCGCCUCAUUAAGGGUCCAGGAGAUAAAGUGCAGGACAGCUAGAGGAGGGCACAUUUCUGAUAUGGUGGAGUCUGCAGUUCAAGCCAAUCCCAUCUCCCCCAGCCCUGCUAACUCCUCCUCAGGUCCAGUGGAGUGGACAUGGGGAUGGAUUUCCUCUGCUGUUUGUUGACUGAAAAACUUGAGCUAUAUUACAGAUUUGCUUUAAUGAACAAUUCUAAUGAAUGACCUUCAAACGUGUCACUUCUACAGACAACAAGUCCCACAAGCAUAUCAGACACAUAAAUCUAAAGCGGCCGCUGCCAUUGUGAAUUAAAGGUCUGGUUCUUCCAUACUUAAAAUAAGAUGCGUUAACUAGACUUGAUGAACAGUCUGAUGUUUCAGUCCUAAUUAGUAGUCGCUAAAAAAAGUUUUGUAUAAACAUGCAAGAUUCACUUGAAGACUUGAAAGGAUAUUCUAAAUAAAAUCGUGUUUAUACUGUG